AGCUAUCUGCAGUGACCUCUCGCUCUCAGUUUCUUGAGUGAGCGGGGCGCCACCAGAAGCGACUGUCUCUGAGAUGCGUAACCUGCAUGGAUAACGCGCUUCAAGUCGUGUAUUAUAGCGUCAGAGUUGAAACGCGUACGGCGUCUACUCCAGAUGUUGAUGUAUUGGAAGAAACCACCCACCCAUGGUGAAAUGAGUCGGCGCAUCCUUAAGUAGUUGAAUAAACGUGCAGCGGUGCAGACGGGAGAACUGUGUGGGCACUUUGAAGGAUUUGGUACUUAAAGCUCUCAUUAGCUUGUUUGGGGAAACUUGAAGAGCGACAGACAGCGAGCUAAGCGCGCGGCACUGGCAGAUCCGAGAAACUACCUUGAGAUUUGUGGCGAGAGUUGGUGCGGUAGUGCGUCGGGCACCCUAGGACAUAAGAGCGCAUCAAUUUAAAUUUGAGACUUCAGGUCUGCCCGAGGUCAAUAUUUCACUCAUCCAGAAACAACUAACCACUUGAGAAGAGAUGAGAGCUAGAGAACAACUUUUCUACCACCAAAAAAUCGAGAACUAAAGAUAUCGUUGGCUAGUUCUGAGGACUCGCAGAUUUUACCGGUUAGCCCUGAGUGGUCCCGUCUGUGGAGAAUGUGUAAUCUCGGCGGGAAGAUCUUGAUGCUUUUCCUCAUCUUUCCAAUACUUUUACUUAAUUCCGUUUGUGGGUUUCCCACGAAGCACAAUAAUGUUGCAAGUAAGCUGAACAACGGAGUGUCGUUACAGGCACAUCAGCUCCACCACAACAGGGUCCUUCACAACUCCCAAGUGUUGGAGCAGCAGAACCAGGUGGAGCAGCAGAAUCAGGUGUUGGAGCAACAAAACCAGGUGCAGACUCUGCUCCCAGAGGGCCACGGGCCGCAGAGGCGCUGGUCCCCACCCCAGCACCACCCCCUGGGGGUCCUGCCCCCUCCCCACCUCCUGGGAGUCCUACCUCCCCCCGAGGAGAACAAACCCUUCAUCCUGGACCUCAAGAACUUUCCAGACCUGGCCAACGCUGACAUCAACUCCCAGAACCCCAACAUACAGGUGACCAUUGAAGUGGUGGACAACCCUCAAAUGGAGGCGGAGAUGGAUCUAGCCAAGGAUAAAGACUGGCUCUCCUCCUCCUCCUCCUCCUCCUCCUCCAUGGUGGAGCUUCUGGGGGGGAAGAAAUUGUUUUGGCCUCUGUUCUGGGGCUACACGGACGCCGACUCCAACGAAGACGGCACGGGUCGCUCAGGUCUGGAGGACGUGACUGAGGAGGAGCAGGAGGAGGAUUACCCCCUGGAGUACGGCAGCGAGGAGCCCCUUCCCAGCCAGGGGGUGGAGGACUGGGACAGUGACUGGAAUGAGGGCUGGGACGCUCCGCACAGCUACUACGAGAAGGAGGAGAUGGAGGAGUGGACCAGCUGGACUCCUUGCUCGGCCACCUGUGGGCACGGAGAGAGGAAGAGAACGAGGCCCUGUGGGUUCUCCUGCACGCUGACUGAGGCGUCCAGGUGUGAUGUGGAGCCCUGUCCAGAUGCUGUGAACACAGUGGUGGAACCCUUCCCCUUCGAGAUGGAGAACGGAACGGAACCCUUCGGCACAGAUGUGGACAGCUGUGAGAAGUGGCUCAACUGCAAGAGCGACUUCCUGCAGAGGUACCUGCGCCAGGUGCUGUCCGAGCUGCCGGCCUGCCCCUGCUUUUACCCCUCCGCCUCCGCCUACACCGUGGUCAGUAUCUACGACGAGCAGCAAGACCGCACCUUCCGUUGGCGCGACGCCAGCGGCCCCAAGGAGCGCAUGGACGUCUACAAACCGUCGGCGAGGAGCUGCAUCCGCUCGGCCCUCUCCGGCGACGUGACGACCCUCGCCGCACAGCACUGCUGCUACGACGACCGCGGGCGCCUGAUCACAAGGGGGAAGGGUGCGGGGACGCCCAACCUCAUCAGCACCGAGUUCUCCCCCGAUCUGCACUUCAAGGUGGACGUUCUCCCGUGGAUCCUGUGCAAAGGGGACUGGAGCCGGUUCCACGCCGUGAGACCCCCCAACAAAGGCCCUGGCUGCCCGGAGAACCCGCACGAGGACGUGUUUAUGAACGAGCUGGAGGAGGCCAGGGAGUACUGAGGUGCCAACACAUACCACCAGCACCCAGCAGGGCGGCGCCAGGGGGCCUGGGCCCAAUCCUAUCUUGAGACGGGAGAUGUCGGCGUGCAGACGUGUGCGGUUUCAUCCCUGUGUGAGACGAGAGUGGAGGAGGGGUUUCCCCUCAAGUUAGGAUUUGGUGCAGCGUCUCUCUCCCAGAGCCUUCAUGGAACGGAAAGAGAACCAACCAGAAGAAGCCGUGUCAUAACACUCGCCGACCUGUCACGCCUCAUCAUGAUCGCCUUCUGAGUGUUGCUGUCUGAUACCGUGAUUCUGUGUGCAUGUAAGCAUGGCCCUCCAUUGCUAGCUUUCUGUCAGUGUUUUGGUAUUUCUUUGUGGCUGGCCGAUAUGAUUUUACUAUGUGGAACUAAAGCAUGAUGUGAUGUGACGUGAUGUAAAUGUAGGAAGUUGAGGGGAAAAUGUACAAUUCUAACUAUAACGAUUUACUAUGCUGCUAAGAGGAAGGGGGAUUGAGAAAACCUGAAGGGGCCGGUUAGGAUUGAACCAACCAACCAGUCCAAGGCGAGUACCAUUUCAGUCAAGAUAAACCAACAUCUGAGAAGAAAAGACUGUUGGUACUGAGUGUUCUGAACGCGUGGAGCCAUUUUGGGCGUUUCUACAGUUUUCUCAGGGGCACUGACAGUGAUGAAGAUUAGUCCUUAUGCUUUACCUGUGGACCACUGUUAGAGCAACCAGCUUGUACGUUCUCAUCAACGGAACACAGAGGUCACAGAGAGAUGAGAGGAUGAAGAACGUUAGCCGUGUUAGGAUAAUGAAACAAUGCUCUUUUGUUUGUGGUUUUUGCAAGAAAUGUAAACGUUGAUAUUAAAUGUACCGGUAAUCACGGUUGAAUAUUCUGUUCACAGCUUUUGAAACUGUUGGCUUCAUGUUUAUGCUCAAAACCUCUUUCAGGAAUUCUAUUUUGAAAUGUACUGCAAGCAUGCUUUACAUUAUGAAAUGUAAGUUUUCAAAAGAAGGCACUUUAUUUAAUAUACACUAUAUAUAAAUGCAUACGAAUGAUAUACCGUAUGUAUGAAUAUAAAAUGUACCCAUGUUAAGUCAUUUGUUUAUAUGAGUGUUUUUGUGAAGGGAAAACUCGCCAGAAAUGCUCUAUUAACUUGUACGUAAAUGGUCUGUCAUUAUCUUUUGUGAUUUCUGAAAACUAGUAUUACAUAUGAUCUUGUACAGUAUUUAUUUGUGUUUUUUGUUGUUGUUUUUUUUUAAGUUUAUUGAAGCUUUGAAACGAUACCACAUGGUGCCCUGCUGGGACUGAGGACGGCGUCGGCCGUCAAAGGGGAAACCACUUGCCUCACAUCGCUCGAGCAGCACGAUCACCUGUCCUUUUAUCUCUACUAAAGUGCUCUAUGAACAUGUUGUGACAGUUACGAUGAAGAAUAUAAAAUAUGUUGCAUUCAU